AUGUAUUUACUCCAAAACUCUGCAAUAUUCCUUGUCAUUUGCUCACUUUCAUUACUAGUAUUAAUUAUACUAUGCAACUUGGCCUUUAUAUUCUGCAAAAAACAUCCUUGUAGAACUGAACAUAGUAGUCAAAGAUCAAGAAGACAGAAUUACAAUAAUGCAGUAACAAGUAGUUAUAUAGAAAAUGAUGAAAUGAAUUUUACAAUAAACCUCGAAGAAUUUUCUUCUGUAGUCCCAGUAGUUCAGUAUAAGAUGUUAAGAAAUACAAAUACAGAUUCAUCUAUUACAAGUACACCAACUAGUUCAAGUUAUUCUUGUUGUGUAAUAUGCCUCAAUUAUAUAUUAGAGAAUGAGUAUGUACGACAUUUGCCAUGUGGUCAUUUAUAUCAUUCAAUUUGUAUUGAUCAAUGGGUUGAAAGGCGUUGUGUUUGUCCACUAUGUAACGCCGACCUCAGACUACUAUGUUCACAAGAUUCAACAUUUAGUCAGCAAAUCACUUCACAAUCUAUACCCAACUCUCCAUACCGGCAGCAAAAUUCUGAGAUGAAUGAGAUACCAGAAUCCAAUCUAACUCAAUAUAAUUUCUGUAGCAGGUUAUUUAUCCCAACAUUCCUUGUUAAUAUUAGCUCAAAUCCUAAAUAA